AUGUCUGUUCACGAUAAGCACGAUAUCGACUCUGAGAAGCACGGAGGUGACUCUGCACCUAGUGUCGUCCUUCAAGUUCAAGAAGACACGGCAGAGGUCGACCUCGCUACGUUUCACGAACUUCAUGCAGGUAGACUCGUUAUUGAUCCCGUAGAGGCAAAAAUCGAGUUCGGCGAGGUUUUCGCCUCCAAGCUUAAGCUUUCGCGGGACGGGACCAAAGUCUUGUGGCUUCAACCGACCGAUUCUCCGCGCGACCCCCAGAAUUGGACUGACGCACGCAAGAGUAUCCACCUCAUUAUCAUCACGUUAGCUGCUAUCGUUCCGGACUUUGACAGUGGCAUAGGAAUCGCGUCCAUCUUUCGGCUUGCUGAGCAAUAUGAUACUACUACCGGCGUAAUUAACAAUUUGACAUCAAAGUGGGGGUGGGGGGGAAUAUUCGCUGUCAUGCUCAUUCGCCGCUACGGGCGUCUUCCAGUUCUAUUUUGGUCGCAGGUCUUCGCACUUGGCUUCCUCGUGGGAUGUACAUUGGCGCCGGAUCUGGCAACUUUUGCUGGUGGGAAAUCCAAACUGCACCUCAAGUCACGGUAUAGAAUAUUGUUCGACCCUCGUGUUGAAUUUUCUAAGAAGUUCUCCCAGGGAUUAUAUAUCGUUACGGAUUUAUAUCCUUUUCACCUUCAAGCGCGGAAGCUCAACUUCUGGACAAUGGGAUUUAUUGUCUCCCCAUUCAUCUCUCCGUUCGCUUUUGGCUUCCUUGUUGCUCGACAAAACUGGAGGUGGGCCUACGGAAUUGGUUGCAUCUAUAGUGCCGUCGUAUGCGUCCUAAUCGCGCUUUUCAUGGACGAAACGAUGUAUGACCGAACUGUGAAACCCAUUCCAGAACCAGUCACUACGGGCUUUCGCUAUAAAAUCGAAACGCUCAUCGGUAUCACCGGAGUUAAAAUGGCCAGGUAUCGAGUAUCUUGGACGGAAUCGAUCUUCUCACCCUUUAAUGUCGUAUGGCGGCCUCACCUUCUUGGGAUUCUGCUCUUCGAGGGUAUCUUAUUUGGGUUUGGUAUCGGUAUCAAUGUCACGAAUGCAGUGUUCUUGGGAAGCCCUCCACCGGUCGGGUUCGGCUGGAGCCAGGACGCUAUCGCUGGAGCAUAUGGUACACCGAUUGUAUCUGUACUUUUGGGUGAACUGGCAGGUCGGUAUACGAAUGAUUGGAUUAUGAAUCAGAGUAUCAGACGCAAUCAUGGUGUCUUCGAAGCUGAGAGUCGACUUUGGGCUUGCUAUAUUGCUCUGCCUUUGUACAUAUGCGGUUUCGUCACCUUGGGCGCAUCGAUACAGAAUCAUCUCAAUACUACUGGUAUCGUCAUGGGCUGGGGUAUUGCGGAGCUGGCUAUCAUGGUCAACACCGUGGCUAUAUACGCAUAUUGCAACGACUGCUUCCCGAAACACCAAGGUGAAAUCAGUGCCCUGAUAAAUCUAGUGCGUGUCCUCGGAGGCUUUGCGGUUGCCUAUUUCCAAGUUCCUUGGGCAGAAAAACAUGGUGCCCUUCAAACAUUUGGUUGCGAAGCCGCAAUCGUAGCGGGCCUCUUUGUUCUAAUUAUUCCUGCCAUGCAGAUGCAUGGGCGGAGUUUACGAGAACGGUUUUCGGUUACUUGA